GUCGGUCCUUCGCAAGAAGCCAAGUAACUUGUCUCGUAUAUAUCUAUCUUAUUGUUUUUCUCUCUGGUGGACCAGAGAAAAUCACAAGCAGCUACAGGUCUUACUCGACACAGAGAGAGAGAUGGCGGUUCAAAGCAAUGGAAAAGCAAACUCUUUGAUCAAGAUUCCUGAGAUAAAGUUCACGAAGCUAUUCAUCAAUGGAGAGUUCGUUGAUUCCAUUUCAGGAAGGACAUUCGAGACCAGAGAUCCAAGAACAGGGGAAGUGAUAGCAAGGAUUGCAGAAGGAGACAAGAAAGAUGUUGAUUUGGCUGUCGAGGCUGCCCGUUAUGCCUUUGACCAUGGUCCAUGGCCUCGUUUACCUGGCUGUGAAAGGGGAAGGAUAAUGCUGAAAUUUGCAGAGUUAAUUGAGGAAAAUAUAGAAGAAUUGGCCGCCUUGGAAAGUAUUGAUGCUGGGAAACUCUUUGGAUUCGGCAAAACCGUUGAAAUUCCUGGAGCAGCAGAAACUCUCCGUUACUAUGCCGGUGCAGCAGAUAAAAUUCAUGGACUGACUCUAAAAAUGUCUAGGGAGCUUCAGGCAUACACACUGCGUGAACCCAUUGGUGUUGUAGGACUUAUCAUCCCCUGGAACUUUCCAUCUGUUAUGUUUUUCAUGAAGGUUAGCCCAGCAUUGGCUGCUGGGUGCACCAUGAUUGUUAAGCCUGCUGAACAGACACCUCUGUCAUCUCUCUAUUAUGCUCAUUUGGCCAAGCUGGCUGGUGUCCCUGAUGGCGUGAUCAAUGUUGUAACGGGGUAUGGACCUAUAGCUGGUGCUGCCAUUAGUUCUCACAUGGACAUCGAUAAAAUUAGUUUCACAGGUUCCACAGAUGUAGGACGUCUUGUAAUGCAGGCUGCUGCAAUGAGCAAUUUGAAACCUGUCUCACUUGAAUUAGGAGGCAAGUCUCCCCUCAUAGUAUUUGAUGAUGCAGAUGUUGAUAAAGCUGCAGACCUUGCUCUCCUUGGAAUUCUAUUUAACAAGGGUGAAAUUUGUGUGGCUGGUUCUCGUGUUUUUGUUCAAGAGGGGAUUUAUGAUGAAUUUGAGAAGAAGUUGGCAGAGAAGGCAAAAACAUGGGUGGUUGGGGAUCCUUUUGAUCCAACUGUUAAUCAAGGACCCCAAGUCGACAAGAACCAGUACGACAAGAUACUUUCAUACAUUGAGCAUGGCAAAAGGGAAGGCGCAACCUUGUUAACUGGUGGUAAGCCUUACGACAGAAACGGAUAUUAUAUUGAGCCAACAAUAUUUACCGAUGUUAAGGAUGACAUGAUAAUUGCAAAGGAAGAAAUUUUUGGGCCUGUUAUGUCACUUAUGAAGUUCAAGACUGUCGAAGAGGUGAUCAAGAGAGCUAAUGCAACAAAAUACGGCUUAGCUGCAGGCAUCAUGACCAAUGACUUGAACAUUGCCAACACCGUGUCAAGAUCAAUUCGCGCUGGUGUCAUCUGGAUUAAUUGUUAUUUUGCUUUCGAUAGGGACUGCCCUUAUGGAGGGUAUAAAAUGAGUGGGUUUGGGAGAGAUUAUGGAAUAGAAGCCCUUGAUAAGUAUCUUCAAGUUAAAGCUGUUGUAACUCCCAUCCAUAACUCUCCUUGGCUGUGAACGAGGAAAUGUAUUCCCCAUUAGUUAUUGUAUGCUACUUAGCUAUGCAUAUGUACUGUAUUGUCUUCCCUUCAACAUGGAUUUUUUUUUUAUUGUAAUAUUAUGUUUCAAUGGGGCAAAAGGAAAGAAAGAGAUCUGUUUUAUUCUAAAAGAA